GAAUUUUUUUAUUAUUUUUGAUCCACGUGACAGUCCGCUUGAAUCCACGAAAUUAGCCCGUUCCACGAUAAUAAAAUUGUCUAAAAUGGCUUAAAUAACUCUUGUCCGAAACGCACACUCCAAGCUGUCGGGAAUGAAUCAACACCUCACAGGUUUACAGUCUUCAGUUAUUUGAGGUCUUCUAUUGAAUCCAAAGAUUUGUUCGGACGAAGUCUCUCCAGCUGUCCGAUUUGCAACACUUCCACAACUCUCCACUUAGCAAGUUGCAUGCCAAGCAGGAUUUAAAGGCAGUCUAAGUUACUAGUCACGAAAAUUAAGUUUUAGCUUCUCAUGUAAAGGUUGUAUCUAUGCUCCUUUCUUGCUUUGCUUCUGGGUUGCAGAUGCCUUGGAAUGGACAAGGUCACGGAUUCACCGUCUUCAUGGGAAGAUCUGUAUAGCAUUAACUUGACUCCGAAAGAGAUAUUUGUAAAACUCAGGAAACAAGUUGAAGGCCAUCAGCUUGGUCUGAACUUUGAGUUCAAUGAAUCACAGGAGAAUUCAUACAACACAAAGCUGGUGUUUAAGCCCCUAACACCAGAGAGGAAGUGGAAAUUCAUUUAUGAGCCUAAAAUUGGUGAUGUACGUUUGCUCACAAAUAAAAUUCCGAUUGGUAAAUUUUUAAAUCUUCAGGUUGGCAUGGGUUAUAGUUUCCAUGACCACAGUGCAGGCUGGAAAUGGAAACUCACAACAUCACUUGGUGGAGAUGGAAUUUCACAGAUUCGACACAAGGCAUUGCUGCCCAUAUUCCCUGGAUUUGAUGUCCGUAUUGGAUGGAAUGCAGAAUAUAUUCUUCCUGAUAUCCAUGGUGGGCACAGGUGAGCCAAUUAUUGGGAUGAAUCUGGGGCGUUUAUAUACUUCUAUUGAUAGAGUGGAAGCAAUAUUAACUCAUGCAACUUGAUUGAAUAGCUUGGACAUAACACUAUUUUUUACAAUAUUGGCCUUUUAGAUAGGGCUAGAAGAUUGCUUAUUUAUUUUGUAAAUGAACAACAUUGUGACAAUAUUGGCCUUUUACAAUUAAUUAAUCCAUGGAAAUUAAAUAAUUUAACCUAGAAAACUAUAUCUUCUUGGCUGCUGAUCAAUGCGAUUAAUCUGCAAAUCUUUUGGCCGUCCA